AUGGGGGAGCACAGCAAGAGGAAAAGCUUGAAAUCCUCCUCCCGCAGAAAACCCCAUAGUGGGAAGGAACUCAUGGUGAAAAUCAUGGUGCAACAAAUACAGAAUGGGACAAAUCUCACCAUCAACACAGUCUUCAUUCUCCUGGGAUUUAGUGACCACCCAGAGCUUCAGACUCUCCUCUUCCUAGCUUUCUUCAUAAUCUACAUCCUUACUGUGUCUGGCAAUCUCAUCAUCAUUGUGCUUGUUGUCAAUGAUGCCCACCUCCACACCCCCAUGUAUUUCUUCCUAGGGAACCUGUCAUGCUUGGAGAUCUGCUACACAUCUACCAUGGUGCCCAGAUUGCUCUUUAGUCUUCUGACAGGGGAUAGGACUGUUUCUGUUCAUGGCUGCAUUGUACAGUAUUUCUUCUGUGCUUCUUUAGGAUGUGCUGAAUGUUACCUCCUGGCCGUGAUGUCCUAUGAUCGCUAUCUAGCCAUAUGCAGACCACUGCGGUACACAUACCUUAUGAAUGGCAGGAUUUGCUUUUGGCUUCUUGUCAUCUGUUGGAUGGCUAGUCUGUCAAAUGUCAGCGUAGUAACAUCCCUUUUAUUCAAGCUAUCAUUUUGUGGUCCUAAUGAAAUUGAACAUUUCUUUUGUGAUCUAGCGCCUAUGUUGAAGCUUUCCUGCAGUGACAUUCGCUUAGUGGAACUUGUGAUUUUCAUUUUUUCCUCCAUAGACAUUGUACCACCAUUCCUCCUUACCCUCAUCUCAUAUAUGAUUAUUAUCAUCAACAUCCUCCAAAUGAGGACCAAGGCUUCCAGGCAGAAGGCCUUCUCCACUUGUUCCUCCCAUCUCAUUGUUGUCACACUUUUUUAUGGGUCUCUGAUUUGUGUCUAUUUGCUUCCUGAAACUAAAACAAUGAAAGAGUUUCAUAGAAUCUUCUCCCUAUUUUACACGGUCUUCACUCCGAUGCUCAACCCUCUUAUAUACAGUCUGAGGAAUAGAGAGGUCAAGGCAGCUGUUUACAGAAUAACUGCUAAAAUUUUUGAAGUAGCUAAUUCCUUAUGUUAA